UGUCAUGGCGUGUCAAUUGAAUUAUUGAAUCAAAAGAAAAAUAGUGAAUGUGUAUUUACUUAAAUGAAAAUGGUCCAGUCAAAGUAGGAUUUUUUCUAUAACCUUUUAAGUUACUAUAAUUUAAUGUUCAGUUCAAGAGCACACUUACAAAAACGUACCCCAAAAGAUGGUACUGAUCGGGAGGCAUAUUUGUCAUUAUUAGUCGACGAAUAUUUACACUCAAGUUCCUAUGAAGCAAAGUUGCAAGUUUUAGCCAAUUUGGCAAAUUUUGCAUAUGAUCCUGUGAACUACUCAUACAUUAGAGACGUUGGAGUACUAGAUAUAUUCUUGUAUGUGCUGAAGAAUGAAACUAUUGGUAGAUUAAUAAGGUAUGCCAUUGCGGGUGUCUGCAAUUUGUGUUUAGAUCCACUGAAUGCAGACUAUAUUUUAACUCACUUGGGAUUAAAACCUUUGUUUCGAUUAUUGAAGUCAAGUGAUACAGACACUGUAGCUGAUACAAUAACGACAUUGAUAUAUAUGUACAAUGAGAAAACAAAAACUGAAAUAACUGAUCAAGACGUUAUAAAUAUGAUGUCAAAUUUGAAAACUACGCAGGAUUUGAGGAUCGUUAAUUUAACUACAGUUUUUCUACAAGAUGUGUGUAAGACCAGCUGAAUAGUUACAUAAACGUACUUCAUAAUGAACAAGAUGCUCUCGAAUAGAUUCCCCUAUAUUAUUGUGAACAAUAAAAAUUAUCAAAAAAUAUGUAAGAUUCAUACCACAUCCUUCAGCAACACAGCUUUUAAAGCUGGUGAUAAAAUUAGAAUUCAAAAAACAUUAACACAGAAAGAUUUGGAUGCAUUCUCAAAUUUGACUGGGGAUCAUAAUUAUCUCCAUCAGAACAGCGGAAACGUAAGGCCAAUUGUACAUGGAGCAUUACUGAAUGGCUUAGUGGCCGGACUCAUUGGUACACAUUUACCAGGACCCGGCACAGUACUUGUAUCGCAAACAAUGAAAUUCCCAAACAAAUGUUUUGUUGGAGAAAAACUUACGAUAAGCGUCGAACUUGUUGAUGUCAGAAAAAUACUCAAAGUGAAAUUUUUUUGUAUUGUGGAAGAAGAAAAGAAAGUUGUAUUUGAAGGCGAAGCUAAAUUAAUUUUAGCUAAAGACUCUUAAAUUUUUUAUUGGUAAAAUACAUUAUAUUGAUAAGAUUUAGAAUAGAAGUAUUUAUUGUGUAUAAAAUGGUAAUAUUAUUACUGCAGUGUCACAUUAUGUACCUUCUAAGGGAUUGCGUGAUAGAUCCAUCACAUGUGCCAAUUAUUAAAGUCCAUAAAGUAUUACAAAGUACAAUUAGUUUAUAAAUAGAUCUAUGGUACUUUUAAUGUUUUUCUUAUUAACUAAUUGUGUGUAAUGUUAAAUUCUGUCCAAUUUACUGUCCAGUGAUAAAAUAUUGAACAAUAUUUGUUUAAAAAAAUUUUGAAGACUGAUUAAUUGUCUAUUUUGAUUCAAAUUUUUAAUUGUGGGUUUUCACUCUCGUAAAAUUGCACUGUUUUAUUGUGAAUGAUACGCCUUGAUAAAAUAAUAUCAAAUAUAUUUUUUCGUUAAAUAAUUUUCUAGUUUUAAGUACAAAUGAGUUAAUAAGUUUUAGAUGAAUCUGUUCUACUUAUUACCCAGAGGAAUUAUGUCUGAAUCUCAAUUGGUCCCAUUAUUGUGUCUGAGACAUGAGCGCUCACGGGUUGCCUAUUAGAAAUGUUAAAUUGUCACUAGCCAAUGGUUUCAUAUAAACUGGUGGUAAAUGUCUUAGCUUAAAAAUAUUAUUUGAUAGAUAACAUAUAGGUAGUAUAUGGAAAAGGCAAAUAGUUCGUAGCUUAAUAGUUGAAACAUUUCUAGGACAGUAAUGCGAUUAUGCCGUGGUCAAUCCUGGAUAUUCUCUAUGUAUUUAGUAUCUAAAGUGUUUACGGUUUCUGGGAUAAAACUUCUCAAAAUGUAUUUGUCAUUGCUGAUUAGGUGUCUUGUAGGCAUAGCUCUAUACAGUUGUGUAAAAUUCCGCUUAAAGGGUUGAGGUAGCUGUUAUCCAUAUUUGCCGUACUGCGGAGACCGGCGUCGUUGGUCGUCGACUAUCGCCUCGACGACCCGUCGGUCAGGCGCCCUAGGGGUGGCGUCGCGAGUCUGGUUGUAAUGUUGACCGCUGGAACCCGUUUACUCUGACCGGGUUCUGACCCCAGACAGAGAUCGGACGUCGGCUGUAAGAGUGCAGGGGAGUCUAUUAGUGCAGUAGGGCUCACGGUCUGCUCUCAACAUCUGCAGAUCGUCAACAAGUCCCACACACCCUGCGUGCCCCCCAGGCGUGGGGACCUUGUAGGAGGUUCGGAAGCUGGCCUGGAAAAAAAACCGGUAUUCAUAUAUGAUUAAGACUACGACUUCAGGUGCCAUGGGGUGAUCUGUUAGACGGUAUACAAAAAAAGUAAUACUUGGAAUGUCUUCUAAUUUUUUGUGGUUACCAUAGAAGCCAUAGUCAUUCUAAUCUAAAUGCCGCGAUUCUCCAUGAGACAAGAUCAAUUGAACCAAUUGUAUAGCGUUGGCUCCACCCUUAAAAUCAGAACACAUGACUGCGUGGCGGCAGAUAUAUGCUGGGCGGUGGCUGCUAACCGCGUGGACUCAGUACAACCUAAAAUAAGAUAAAAUUUAGUGAAACUAAAUUAUUUUCUAAAGAAAUGGUUGUCACAUUUGCUAGUUUGUUGCUUGUUAAAUUGUUUUGUUAUAUUUCAUUGUUAUGUUCUCUUACGAGAAAGUAUUUGAGAUUGUGAUUGUUUUGUUUUGAUGUAUCUUUUCGAUGUACAAUAACAGUCCCAAUAAUAAGCGUAAGUUUUUAUUAUUAAACUUUACUGUCUCUUUGUAUGUGUUUUAUUGU